CACGUGACUGCACAGUCCAAGAUGGAGACGGAGCGAUCUGGAGGCUUCACUGUUAGCUAGUUAGCUUGUUUACCAUUAAUCACAAUAUGGCAAAUAGGACGGGAUACUGGACGUUUUAACGCUAACAGCAAGAAUUAUUAUAUAACCUGAAGCGUGUGUGUGGCAGCUUUCGAGCACUACGAUGAAGUAAAGUUAUUUGUAAACACAGGCCACCUGAAGAAUAUUGAAGAUAAGAGUAGGAAAAAAACUGUCAAUGGUCAUCAUCACAACAAACUCAUUUUGACAGAGAGGAGAUCGAUAUGGCGCUGAGAGAGUUAAAAGUGUGUCUCCUGGGGGACACUGGAGUUGGAAAGUCGAGUAUUGUUUGGAGAUUUGUGGAGGAUAGCUUUGACCCAAACAUCAACCCAACAAUUGGGGCAUCCUUCAUGACCAAGACAGUGCAAUACCAAAAUGAACUACACAAGUUCCUGAUCUGGGACACAGCAGGACAGGAGCGGUUCCGUGCUCUGGCACCGAUGUACUACAGAGGUUCAGCAGCAGCCAUCAUUGUUUAUGACAUCACAAAAGAGGAGUCCUUCCAGACACUGAAGAACUGGGUGAAGGAGCUGCGCCAGCACGGCCCUCCUAACAUAGUGGUUGCCAUCGCUGGUAACAAAUGUGACCUGUCAGAUGCCAGGGAAGUGCCAGAGAAGGAUGCCAAGGACUAUGCUGAUUCCAUCCAUGCCAUCUUUGUAGAAACCAGCGCCAAGAAUGCCAUUAACAUCAAUGAGGUGUUUAUAGAGAUAAGUAAGCGCAUCCCUGUUGCAGACGCAGCAGGAGGAACUUCAGGAAAAGGUUUCAAACUGGGACGUCAGGCCUCAGAGUCUCGCAGGACGUGCUGCUGAUGAUGCCCGUGACUGUCCCCACGUGACCUGUGACCUGACCUUUGCUUACCCUCUCUGCCCCUGGCCUGCUUCAGCUUACAUGGCCUCAUACACCCUGCCAUCACUGACACCCGGAGGCAGAAUUGUCACUAUCAUGAUCGUAGCAAAUACAUUUUUACAGCACACCAGCAACAGCAAAUCAUCAUGUAUUGUCUGAAAAUUGCUGACAGGAGAAAUACUUCUUCUUCUUUUUUUUUUUUUUUUACCAAGCAUUGGCAAAUAUGCUUGCAUAAAUACAUUCAUGUGUCAGUGAAAGACCCCCAUACUUAUACAUGCAAUAUUACUGGCUUCUUUAAUGGACACCAGUCUCUGUCUGGUGUAUCAUAGGCCUAGGUUGAUCAGAGGAACUUGCAGCCACAGAUUCAUUAGAUUCAUUCAGGAGUCAUUGUUACUUGUAAAUUUGUACAGAUCUAUUAUCUUUCAACCAAAAUAUGGACUGAAAAUGGUUAAAUAUCACCAAAUUAUUAACAUAACAUUUAAGUUAUUGCCUCUUGUGUUUUUGGGAGACCUCUACCCAAAUAUUCUUAACUUUGUGAAGGAUCCAUCUUCUAUAGUUAAUGUGUAUUAUCACUAAUUUAUCAUAGGUUUUUGAUGAAAGAGAAUAUCAGUGUUUGCACCAAUCUCUUAACUCAAUGUUUGCUUGAAGGAUAAACUCAAAAAGGAUGGUGCACGCUUUAUUUAAAAUUUAUCGUGUGAUUGCUUUUAACCACUAUCACACAGUCAGAUAUGCAGAAAUGAAAGGUGUGUGGUAGCCCUACUUCCCUCAUGGUAAAGGAAUAGUUCAACAUUUUGGGAAACAGACUUACUGGUGUUCUUGGCAAGAGUGAGAUGAGAAGAUUGAUAGCUCUUAUGUCUAGACGGUAAAUAAGCAGCUGGAGCCAGCAGCUGGUUAGCUCAGCAUAAAGACAGAGCCAGGAUAGCUGGUUCUCCCUGUUUCCAGUCUUCAUGCUAAGCUAUGCUAACCUGCUACUGGCUGUCGCCUUGUAUUUAACAGUUGGAGUCGAGAGUAGACAUGUUCCUCUCAGCUAAAGUCGUGAUCUGACGCCAGAAUUUUUUUGUCUCUCACGGUCUCUCAUGGUCACCGUGUCAGAUUAGUGUAAUCACAGUGCCACAAAUGACUGACAACACCACCAGUUUUGCCUGAACCAAUCAUCCUUCACAUCCGGGUUGUUGUGGGACUUCCCAGGCACCACAUCCCUAUGACAAUUUUGUGUCACAAUUAAUGUAGUCUGUCAUCUGAACUGGGCCUAGCUCUCCACCACGAAAAAGCGAAAAAGCAUAAUACCCAGACUAUUCCUUUAAUUGUAAACUUUGUUGUUUGGCCUUGAAGGAUAUUUUGACCACCACGUCCCUGAACAAUAAGACUGACUCAAAAUUUCAUCUCUAUGAUGAGAAGAACCUCUUAGUCCACAUCUCCCAAUGACAGGGCUUUAAUCAGAGCAGAAAAUGCUGAUUCUGUUGGUAGUAUUGAAGUUGAUUAUAUGAGAACAGUUCCAGCUGCUCACAUGUGUUCCACAUUUCCACUUGUAAUUGCCGAAGAUCCAUGAACAGACUUGUGUAAAUGAAGUACCCCAUAGUACACAGAGUAUCCUCCCAGUUCUUUCCAAAUAUUACUUGAGCUUUAUUUUUCUCAAAUCUCAUUUUAAUUGUUCAUUGGCAUGCCUGUCUGUCUUCAGCCCUUUGCUGCUACUUAACAGCAGUUUUACAGGAGAGGCUGAUUUUUUGUGAGGUUUUGCCAAAUUCUUUAAUUGUUCCAUAAAUAUUUUUCAACUUUCCUGUUUUUCCACCCCCCCCAACCCCAACAUAAUCAGCACUGGCUCGCACAAAGUUGUUUUACUACCUGGCCUGUGAUGAAAACAAUGGGAUCUGGAAACUCAAGAUUUUAAAGCCUAAAUCUCCUUUCAGCACAGGGUUAGAGGUGGAGAAUCAGACGUGGCACUGUGUGGACAUGCUGACCCCUUAAUGAACCUUCGUGUCCAUGCUGCUCUGAGUUACUGUAUUUGCUUUGUUCCAGGGGUCUGCUUUCUGACUUUCCUUUCUCUCACUUCUUCUGUCUUGUUGUAGGGCCAGACUUCAAUUGUGCUACAAUGUAUUGUGGCUUUUACAGAGCCCUACCGUCACCCCUUGCAUCCACAAAAAACUAUUAUUUCUCUAUGAUCCUUAUGCUAUGUUACAGAAGUUUCAUUUACCUCUCAUAUUGGCUGAAUUGAGCUUCAGUAGCUGUUGACCCAUGAGCCUAAACAGAAUGAAUUCUGUGUAAUUUCAUUUUCAUGUCUGUAUCAUAUGAGCCCCUUUAGCCUUAAACCUUUUUAUUUUUUAUUUUUUGAGUUGCCAAAAAAUACGAAUGUGGGUUUAAUUAGACUGCAUCUGCACAUUUUGAAAUAUGAACUGUGUGCUUUUUUUGUCAGCUCAAGGAACUUUAUUUGCCUUUAAGCAUCUUAAAUGUAGCUGUUAUUGAUGAGUUCUGUGCUAGACAGUGCUGCCUAUUUUUCAGGAUUUUUUCCGUUGGAGUGCAAUAUUAUUAUGACAAAAGGUAAAAAAAAAUGUGACCUAAUCCAAGAAAUCAGUUA